AUGCCUAUCAAACACCUUGAAAACUACCUUUUUGAACGAAAACACCUCCAAACUCUUCCGCUUUCUGUAUUAUCCGACUCGCGUCUCGGCAUAGAUGCAUCCUAUUACCUCCAGUUGUUGACCGACAACCCGCCGUCCCGUGAACCCUUGUUGGCCGCGACGGGGGGUCUGCCAUUAGCGCUCACGCAACGCAUCGAAUCUGACCUUCGAGCUCUCGAAAAACUACGCAUUAAGCCUGUUUUUGUAUUCCCCGGACUUCUUCCGAACAAACGCUGGAAGCCUAACCAGCACAAUGAACACAUCGACGCAUGCAGGGACCGACGAGACGCGUGGGCAAAAUAUGAACAGGGACAGGAGGAAGCGGCAACCAAGCUGUUCGAGGGCCGAAGCAGCUUCGCCCAAUGGGAUCUCUGGAGGAUGGUCCUUCGUAUUUUCAGACACAGGAAUGUGGAAUUCCUCAUUGCACCAUAUGUUGCUUGGGCACAGUUGAUAUACCUCCAGCGUCACCACAAGGCGUACAUCCACGCUAUAUUCGGACCAACGGAUACCCUCCUCUACCCGGGUGUCGACAAGCUGAUCACAGCUCUCGACUUGACUUCUGCGACCCCCACUUUUCAAUAUACUUCAAAACGGAAUUUUAUACAGGAGCUCGGUGUGUCGGAUGAUCAAUUUUUGGAUAUCGGUAUUCUGGUCGGAUUCGACAACUCGCCCGCGUUUCCUCCAACCGUGCACGAACAAGCAUUAAAGGCAACGGUGGACAUGGUCAAGUACUACAAGUCGGGUCAUGCAGCCGUGUCAGCUUUCUCCGACCAUCCCGUGGUCAAGACGAUCCAGUAUUCUGACCACUACGCACGCACACGGUCGAUGAUAAAAUACUCACUCAUUCUCUCAUCCGAAGGGACGGUUUUGCCGCUGCCCCUAGCCAUCACGACACCUGCCGGACACGGGCCCAACCAUCACAACCACCAUCCCACCGCCGCGGACAUCCCACAGGAUCUGCAUGAAAUAUUUACGAACCGGCUACCAGAUGAAAUUUAUUAUUACCUGUCCCGAGGCCUACUGGGCCCACAGGCUCUCGUCUGGCUCACGAGCGGACAAAUCGUGGAGAACCCGCCAUUGGACAACGGAGAAACGACCGAAUAUAAACGCUUCGUGAAGGAAGUUAUCACGGAUGGUCAGACCGGGCCGCGGGCGACCGCGUUGGCUCUCAUCAGCAGCGUCGCGCACAACUUCUGGGCGAGCAAGAAAGUGCAAGGAUACUUCUGGUUCGAGCAGCCGAAUCACGCCAACCAAAAACCCGUGUUGCAUAACUCCCCGCAGACGGCCCAGUUAGCCGAGCGCGUCACCGGCUGGAACGUCAUGUACUCCAUUGUCGAAGAAGAGUUGAGAAGGCAAAAUUCUUCGACCAUCGACUUUGCCUUGUGUCUGGGUGCGACAGCUUCGGAACGUCUUGCAGCUCGCACGAAAGUCAAAAGUAACGCCAACUCUCCGCUUGAGAAAAAGGACGAAGUGGUGGCCAACGUGAUUUGGCGUUUCCUUGAACUGCGAGGCUCACUCUUGAAUGCACGUGCUGAUCUAUUCCAAUUGUUGCGCUCUGCGGCGCGCCACAGAUUCCUGCUCAACUCACACACGCACUCGCCUCUAGCGCGGGCGAUGUACAAUGCGAUCAAGCUUGCACGCGUGAACGACAAGUUCCAGGACCCGCUCUACCUGUUCCUGGAACUCGUCAGGGCAGGUGUGAUGCACGGGCAUCUGUGGUCUGGACGAGCCUUCAGUGGAGGCCCCAGUUUCGGCGUUGAUGAAGAAAAGUCAAGCAUGCUCUUGGUGAUGCGGGUGCUUAGCAUCGUGCCGUUGAAUUUCAAGCCGCAACCAUGGUCGGCGCCGCUCUCCCGAGAACUACUCGUGUUUAACUCGUUUGUGCGGUCUCUCACCCGUGCGCUGCGCACAUUGCUUGAAGUGACAUCGCUGAACAUGCUGCUGCGCAACGACGCGCGCCGGGCACGCGACGAUCUCUUGGACAUUGCGCUCUCGCUCCCGUUCCAAACAGAGGUGAACACGGGCUUUGGUGUGCUCGCCAAGGUGUAUUUGGACGCGCUGACGCACAUUAACAACGGAACGCGGGUGCGUGAUGCGAAUGCGCCUGGAGUGGUGCUGGCCAAGGAGAUGGCGCUCGAUUUGUGCGAGGAGACGUUCCCGGGAGUGAAGAACCCGAAAGCGGAGGUCGAGCGCGGGUUCAGGUUUUGGGACGUGGCGCUUGCUGCGAUGAGACAACUGCAUUCGGAAGGCGCAGUACUGCGCGAGCUGAUUGAACAGUUCGAGGCAGCGGAGGCUUGGCUUGCGCCGAUGCGACCGUGA